AUGCUGUGCGCGCUGAACGAGGGAAAAGAGAGCAAAUGCGAAAGGUACUACCCGAAAUUCUCCAAAGGACACUCGAUCAACGCGGGCGAUUACAAGAUCACGUACGACCGGAAACUGCAUUCGAUUUACAAGGAGACGUCAAUCUACCAAUAUCAGGUCACCCGGGGAAAGUUGGCGGAGCCCUUCAUUGUCACACACUUUUUAGUCAACUCCUGGAAGGACCACUCAAUUCCAACCAAUCUGGAACAGAUCAUAGCCGUUGACUACGCCAACCAAGCAAUUAUGGCCAAUCCCGACUUCACGAUGGUCCAGCUGCUCAAGGAGUUGCGCAAGAUGAGAUUUCAUGCAGUGCAGGGCGGCGGUCAAUAUUUCUACAUUCAUGCGGGCCUGAUUGAAUUGUGGGUGAGCGGGGGAAUCAUCAAUAGGGAUCAUUGCAAGAGUUUCCUGGGCGGCUACAAGAAAAUUUGUGAAAUCCUCAACAAGAAAGUCAGCGAAAACCCA